GUCUAUCUUUUUUCUCUCUCUCCUAAGCAGAGAGGAGAGACGAGCCUCCAUUCCUGUAAACCCAAAAUCCUUUUCCUUCUUUUCUUAAGUUUCUUCUUCUUUUUCAAAUUGGGAAAUGAAAAAUUAACUCGAAGCCGGCGAUUCAAUUUGAUUCGAUUCAAUGUACAAUGCUCUGAGCUUUCAGGAAUCGGAAAUCAAAAUUUUUCUUUAACAGAUUUCUCUGUGUGUUUGGGGAGGCUGAAGGAUGGGUCUCUGCAACUCCAAACCAUCUCCAAACCCUUGCACUUUUGCAUCUCCUGUGCCGGACACUAGAAUCGCCGAUGUUCGAGCUAAUGAUAAUUCUAUUCCGCCCAAGGAUGUGCCUAAAUCAGAUUUGGCCGCCGGAAAUGGAGGGGAAAACCACAACGAGGAAGAGAAGGAGAAAACUGGAAAGAAUGAGAAAACGGUAUUAGAGAGUGUUAAGAAGUCGCCGUUUUUCCAGUUUUAUAGUCCCAGUCCUGCGCACUACUUCUUCUCCAAGAAGUCGUCGGCGGGGAGGUCGCCGGCGACAAAUGCGGCCAGUGCGAACUCCACGCCUAAGCGUUUCUUCAAGAGGCCGUUCCCCCCGCCGUCCCCUGCCAAGCAUAUACGCGCUGUACUGGCACGGCGGCAUGGAUCAGUUAAGCCGAAUGAGGCUGCCAUUCUGGAGGGAAGCGAGGCGGAAGUAACCGGGCUUGAUAAGAGCUUUGGAUUUUCCAAGCAUUUUGGAAGCAAGUAUGAGCUGGGAGACGAGGUUGGGAGAGGACACUUUGGGUACACUUGUCAGGCUAAGUUUAAGAAGGGCGACCUUAAAGGGCAGCAGGUUGCGGUCAAAGUCAUCCCCAAAGCGAAGAUGACCACAGCCAUAGCCAUUGAAGAUGUGAGAAGGGAGGUCAAGAUAUUACGAGCAUUAACAGGACAUAACAAUCUAGUACAAUUUUAUGAUGCAUAUGAAGACCAUGAUAAUGUCUAUAUAGUGAUGGAGUUAUGUGAAGGAGGGGAACUCUUGGAUAGAAUACUUUCAAGGGGUGGAAAAUAUACAGAGGAUGAUGCAAAAGCUGUCCUAAUACAGAUAUUAAAUGUUGUUGCAUUUUGCCACCUUCAGGGUGUGGUGCACCGAGAUCUUAAACCUGAGAAUUUCCUCUUCACUUCAAAGGACGAAAACUCGCUAUUGAAGGCUAUAGAUUUUGGCUUAUCAGAUUUUGUUAGGCCAGAUGAAAGACUGAAUGACAUUGUUGGUAGUGCAUACUAUGUAGCACCUGAGGUUCUACAUAGAUCUUAUGGUAUAGAGGCUGAUGUCUGGAGUAUAGGUGUGAUUGCAUAUAUUCUUUUGUGUGGUAGCCGUCCUUUUUGGGCCCGGACUGAAUCUGGGAUCUUUCGGGCUGUUCUAAAAGCUGAUCCAAGUUUUGAUGAGGUGCCUUGGCCUUCUCUAUCUUUUGAGGCAAAAGACUUUGUCAGGCGCCUAUUAAAUAAAGACCAAAGAAAAAGAUUGACUGCUGCCCAAGCCCUAUGCCAUCCCUGGAUUAGAAGUUCUAUUGAGGUCAAGGUGCCUUUGGAUAUUCUAAUAUUUAAACUCAUGAAGGCUUAUAUGCGUUCUUCAUCUCUUCGGAAAGCUGCUUUAAGGGCUUUAUCUAAAACAUUGACAGUUGAUGAGUUAUAUUAUUUGAAGGAGCAAUUUACACUGUUGGAACCAAACAAAAAUGGCACUAUAAGCUUAGAAAAUAUCAAAACGGCCUUGAUGAAAAAUGCAACUGAUGCUAUGAGGGAUUCGCACAUUCCUGAUUUUCUAGCCUCUCUUAAUGCCCUUCAAUACAGAAGGAUGGAUUUUGAGGAAUUUUGUGCAGCUGCGUUAAGUGUCCAUCAACUAGAGACUCUCGAUAGAUGGGAGCAACAUGCUCAUUGUGCCUAUGAACUUUUCGAGAAGGAUGGUAACAGGGCCAUUGUGAUUGAGGAACUGGCAUCGGAACUCGGCCUUAGCCCUUCUGUCCCUGUGCAUGCUAUUCUCCAUGAUUGGAUCAGGCACACUGAUGGAAAGUUGAGUUUCCUUGGAUUUGUAAAAUUGUUGCAUGGUGUUUCUAGCCGGAACCUUGCAAAAGCUCAAUAGAAGUUUAUAAACUAAUGCAGAAGCUCCAAAAGACUUGGUGGAUGCCUCAAGCUGUGUAUUGACCAAUGAAAAACAGAGAGAGAAGCACUUUAAGAGCGAUUCUCAGGCCUGAAAAUGAAGUUAUAAUUUACUGCCACUGUAACCAUGGUGCAGUAAAUUGAGUUUGGACAAGUUUCCUCUGUGGCACAACCUUGUAUACUCUCAAGGGCCAUCGUGCUCUACUUGUUGUGAUGAAAAGCUUUAGGUAUUUAUGAUUUUUCAUCACUGUAAAGCUGUGUAGUUAAGUGUGUUUUUUUGCAGGUGAGAUUAUUUCUCAGGCUGGUUGGCGGACACUCGAUGUUCUUACAUGAUAGACUCGGGCUGACAGGCCCGUGAUUGAAUUAUUAUACUAUACUAAAAGAGGACUCACUUUUAAUGUA